CUCUCUCUCUCUCUUUUGUUUAGUUCUUAUCCUCACCGAAUUUGCGUUUCUCUCUUAAAUUCCACCAUGGAUGCUCUCUUCGUAACUAAGCGUUUUGUUUCCUCGGGAUUCUUAUGAACUUGCGAGGCCCAGGAGAAGGGUAUCGAUUACACCAAGAAAAGCUUUCUUCUUUCUCUCGAUUUCCCGAUUCGACUUCUGUUUUUUUUUUGUUUCCUUGAUUUCGACGAUACCCACUUCCUGAAUUUUCUCUCUUUUCUCAUCGACAUCCGUUUCGAUUCGUGAUAUGUUUCCGGGAUCUUGGUUGGACCAGCUGAAUCUGGUCUCCGCGGAUGAUUUUCGGAUCAUGGGUCGGAUCCCCAAGGCCGUGACGAAGCUUCCCGGGUUCGAUACCGACGGCGACGGCGGCAGCGAUCCGAGCGGCGGCGCGUGCGUUUCGCAGCCGAAACGGAUCAUCGUCUCGAACCAGCUUCCCAUUCGGGCCCACAGGGAGCCAUUGACGGGGAAAUGGAGCUUUGAAUACGACAAUGACAGCCUCUAUCUGCAGCUCAAAGACGGGUUCCCUCCUGGGACGGAGUUCGUCUAUGUCGGCUCGCUCAAUGCCAACGUACGGACUUCCGAGCAAGAAGACGUGGCUCAGUUACUGUUGGAGAAGUUCCAAUGUGUGCCCACGUUCUUGCCGGUGGACUUGCACAACAAGUAUUACCAUGGCUUCUGCAAGCACUAUCUGUGGCCCGUGUUUCAUUACAUGCUUCCGAUGACGCAGUCUCACGGUUCGCUCUUCGAACGCUCGCACUGGAGGGCGUACAUGAGAGUCAACAAGAUUUUCGCGGACAAGAUCUUCGAAGUGAUAAACCCAGAAGAGGAUUACGUCUGGAUUCACGAUUACCACCUCAUGGUCUUGCCAACGUUCUUGAGGAACAGGUUUCACAGGCUAAAGGUUGGGUUUUUCCUCCACAGUCCCUUCCCCUCGUCGGAGAUUUACCGGACGCUUCCCGUCAGGGACGAGAUUCUGAAGGGUUUCCUGAAUUGUGACCUGAUCGGAUUCCACACUUUCGAUUACGCCAGGCAUUUCUUGUCUUGCUGCAGUAGGAUGUUGGGCAUCGACUAUGAAUCCAAAAGAGGGUACAUUGGCGUGGAGUAUUUCGGCCGGACGGUGAGUAUCAAGAUCUUGCCGGUUGGCAUCCACAUGGGGCAGAUCGAAUCUAUAAUGGCGUCUCGAGAAUUGACGGAUAAAGUGAAGGAACUGAGGCAGACAUUCCAAGGUAAAACAGUCAUGUUGGGUGUUGAUGACUUGGAUAUGUUCAAGGGAAUUAGCUUGAAGUUCAUGGCGAUGGGUCAGCUUCUGCAGCAGAACGAACAACUUCGUGAGAAAGUGGUUCUGGUUCAGAUCACGAACCCGGCUCGGAGUACAGGUAAGGAUGUUCGAGAUGUAAGAAAGGAGAUGAAUUGGGUCGCCAACGAGAUCAAUGGUAAAUUCAGGAAACCGGGUUAUGAGCCGAUCGUCUUUGUGAACGGACCUGUCAGUACAUUGGAGAAAGUUGCUUACUACGCAGUGGCCGAAUGUGUUGUGGUGAAUGCUGUGAGGGAUGGUAUGAACUUGGUUCCGUACAAAUAUACUGUGACCAGACAGGGGAGCCCUGUUCUGGAUGAAGCCUUAGGUUAUGAUGACUCAGCUGAUGUCAGCAAGAGUGUGAUCAUAGUUUCUGAGUUCAUUGGCUGUUCUCCGUCUCUGAGCGGAGCAAUCCGUGUUAAUCCAUGGAAUGUCGAGGCCGUGGCCGAUGCUAUGAGUUCGGCUGUCACAAUGUCGGAAGCAGAGAAACAGCUUCGCCACCAGAAGCAUUACAAAUACAUUAGCUCCCACGACGUGGCCUACUGGGCACGGAGUUUCGAUCAAGAUCUUCAAAGGGCAUGCAAAGAUCAUUACAACAAGAGAUUCUGGGGAGUUGGGUUCGGGUUAGGGUUCAGAGUUGUUGCCUUAGAUCCGUAUUUCAGAAAACUUUCAGUCGAAGCUAUCACUGCUGCUUACAAGAGGACGAGCAGCCGGUUGAUCCUCUUGGACUAUGACGGGACAGUGAUGCCACAGGCUUGUGUGGAUAAACGGCCGAGCAAUGAUCUGAUCUCGCUUCUGAAUCGCCUGUGUGAUGACCCUUGUAAUGUAGUCUUUGUCGUGAGCGGUCGAGGUAAGGACCCUCUGAGUAAAUGGUUCGGUUCUUGUGAGAAUCUCGGUAUUUCAGCUGAACACGGUUAUUUCAUUAGAUGGAAUUCUAGUUCCGAAUGGAAGACAUGUGGGUUACGGGUGGAUUUAAGCUGGAAGAAGAUGGCUUUACCAGUGAUGAACCAUUACAAAGAAGCAACAGAUGGAUCAUUCAUAGAGGAGAAAGAGAGUGCAAUGGUCUGGCAUCACCAAGAAGCUGACCCGUCUUUCGGCUCUUCCCAAGCUAAAGAGCUUCUGGAUCAUCUAGAGGGUGUGCUGGCCAAUGAGCCUGUCGUGGUCAAGCGAGGUCAACACAUCGUAGAAGUUAAACCUCAGGGGGUGAGCAAAGGGAAGGUGGUGGAGAAUCUGAUAGGGAAUAUGAGGAACAGCAAAGGCAUGAGACCGGACUUUCUGUUAUGUAUCGGGGAUGAUCGGUCUGACGAAGACAUGUUCGAGAGCAUAGUGAAUCACCUAGAUGUUCCAUCCAUUGCCGAGGUUUUCGCCUGCACGGUGGGUCAGAAGCCAAGCAAGGCCAAGUACUAUCUCGACGAUACAUCAGAUGUCAUCAAGCUGCUUCUAUGGUUGGCCGAUAGUUCAGGGGAACCGCAACAGAAGCUGACGUUUCCACAGCCGACAGGACAAUGCCGGACCGAAAUCUUGGAUCUUUGAUGGGUUUUGAUUAGAUCUGUCCGUUGUGGGGAUGGAACCGAGGGUUUAGGGUUUGGAGCUUGUUUAGGGUUUUAGGUCUCCAAAAAAAGGGUUUUUUUAUGUACAGUGGUUGCUGCUUGAAAACUCGUGAAUCAGCUUCUUACUUUUGUCACACACAUGCCGGAAAUUCUUAUACACAGGAAAUAGAUUUCUUCGGAUUCAA